UGAAAAUGACAUUACUUAUACCUUGUAAGUAAACAAGUCAUUAAAGUCAUUAAACUCAGGCGUGAGGAAGUUGACCGUCCGUCGGAAGAUCUGCUGGACGGUUGCCCCACCGGCGAACCGUGACACUGUUAAUUUUUUAUUAUAAAGGAAAAUCUAAUAUGUGUACGGUUACCUGAAAAAAUUAUUUAAAAAGAGCGAGGAAAGGAGCAGGGCCUAUAUAAACCGAAACGAGGAGUCGCAGCGCCAAAGGACCCUAAACGCCACAACCAGCAAAACCCAAACAACACACAGAAAGCACAGCACAGCACAAACCUCCCUCACUCUCUCCGUUCCCGAUCUCUCAUCCACCAUCGCCGCAGUAUAUGCCAUGCACAUUUCUUAGCACCCUCCGACUCUGACAUUUCUCUUCAAGUUUUUUUUUUCUCUCACCAUUUUCUUCUGAUUUCCGCUUCGAAAAAUGGAGGAAGAGUUGGUGAAGAGAAACACCGAUUGCGUCUAUUUCUUGGCUUCUCCUCUCACAUGCAAGAAGGGAAUUGAUUGCGAGUUUCGACACAGCAAGAUUGCGAGGCUCAACCCGAAGGAAUGCUGGUACUGGUUGGCUGGGAAUUGUCUCAACCCGACCUGUGCUUUUCGACACCCUCCAUUGGAUGGGCAUGGUGGAACACCAUCAGAGUCUUCCCCGCCUUCUGUGACUUCAAACAAGACCAGUGUUCCUUGUUACUUUUACUCCAAUGGCUUCUGCAGCAAAGGUGAUAAAUGCUCUUUCUUGCAUGAUACUGAUAGUAACGCAUCAAAUGGGAAAUCUUCAAAGACAGCCUCUGCAUGUAAUGAAGCACUUGCGCUUACUUCAGAAAACGAGGCAGCUGCAGGGAAUGGAGCACUUGCACGCAUCUCAGAAAGCAAGGCACCUGCAGGAAACGAAGAACUUGCACGCACUUCAGAAAACAAGGCACCUGCAGGAAACGAAGCACUUGCACUUAAUUCAGAAACCAAGGCAUCUGUAGGAAAUGACACAAUGUCAGCGCCAAGAAUCACACAUCUCAACCCUUCUGAAACUGCCUCGAAGGCAAUAGUUGGUACAAGAUUCCAGCACAAAGAGAAUCUUAGUUAUUUUGAGCAGCGGGUACAAAGAGAUGUUCCACAGAAAAGUGUCUAUACUCAGAUUUCUACGUCUGGAGAUGAAGAGGCUGGUGAAAUUAGGUCAGACUCGCUUCCAGAAGAUAGCUCUAUUCGUACCAAAUCUCAUUCAUGGACAGAUCAGAGUUCAGAGGAUGAAGAUGAUGACCUUGUGCCAGAGGAACGCUGGGAAUCCUCCCCAGGAUUUGAUGUUCUUGUUGAUGGAAAAUCAGACAAUUUGGGUUGUGACGAUGAUCAGGAGUACUUUCCAACACUUCACGGGGAGCACAGGGAGCUGAAUAACCGCUUCUUGGGCUAUGAUUUUGAAAAUCCAGACGAGUAUGUUCCCGAAUAUCCUGAUGCUAGACUUCUACAUGACAGAGAUAUGUACAAUGACUGUCUGGAUACCAGGAUUAUUUUUGGUAAUCAGGGACCAAAUCCUGUCUACACGAAGGAGAGAAUGUCGGAUUCGAUGUUCUCCAGCAAGAGGAAACAUAUGCCAAGGGAACUGUUCGAUGGUGACGAGGAUUUUUUGGAUCUCCGAGACCGCCUGAGAAGGCGAAGAGUGACUGAUGGUCGUUCAAUUACAGGCUUAUCAAGAAGGCACGAAUCACUUGGAUUGUUUGGCAGGCCCCAAAGACAUGGACUGGGUAGGCGGUUGCAUGGAAGAUUGGCUUCAGUAAUGGGAAAUAACACUUAUGAAUCACUUAGGGGGAAUGGAGCUUUCUCCAAUGGUGGAAUUCAACGCGGUUCGCUUAGGCAUGCACAGGAAUUUAGAUAUAAGAAGCAUCACAAGGAGAGAAGGCCGGCAAAGCAGCAGUUUCCUUGGUCCGAAAUCUCAAAGAAACCAUUUCCAAGGGAGAAGAGAUGUGCAGGGCAGCCAACUACCUUUACAGGACCCAAGAGCCUUGCCCAGAUCAGAGAAGAGAAGAGGAAAGCAGAAGAAAAUGGGGGUAGCAUUGGGGUACCAAAACGCGCGAGAAGAACAGUGGAUUUCCAGGGUCCGAAACCCUUGAAAGAAAUUCUAAAAGAGAAGGGGAAGAUACCUGACUAGAGGGAAGGCAGCGCUGCUGGCAGCAACUGAAGUACUUAAUGAAGAGCGAUUUCCAGGUGAUGACGACAAAAAAUUGUCUGUUGUUUACCGUUGCUAGAUAGAAAUAGAAUCAUAGAAACACAUUUUCCUUCAUGUUACUAGAUGAAGCUUGCAUGGGCUGGUGGUGCAGAAGCUUACAAGCGUUGUUGAAAGACCCGUUUUAGAGUCUACAUUUACUCUCGAAUAUGGUAGCAACUGAUUCGGAAGCUUGACAUGGUUGGGUGCGAAGGCUUGGCAUCUCUUUUUGGCAUCUUCAUUUGCUUUUGUUAUGGUUUUUGUACGCGGCCGCAUAUCCUCUCAUCUUAGUCAUUGUCGUUUCUCGUUGAUAUUCUGUUUCUAUUCUCGCUUCAAUUUGUACAUUACAUACCUUACGUAGCUCAAGCGGUCACGGGCGUUUAUUGUUGUCCGAUGUCUCGUUGUAGAUAUUAGAAUUCCUUUUGGCUGAGUCAAACACAGUGGUUUAGGAAAUUACAUGUUAGAACAACAAUAUUGACCAAGUGGUGACCCAUGUUGGAUUGUUUUGGGCUUAACCCGACCCGCAUUCAUCUAAGGUCCACACGGCUUGUACACAGCAGUGAUUGACCGUUGAUCCAAUUUAUAUACUUUUCAGACCAGAAAUAAAAGAAUUAUAUCUUUAGACGAGAGACGAGAGCUGACACGGAAGUUGGCCGACAUCGGAAAAUAUGGAAAAAAAUGUUACCAAAUUAUUUGAUUUCUUUUCGGUUGAUGUCCCGAACUUCUAUGCAAAAUGGGGGACCAACAGAUGUCCAACAACUUGUGUGGAAAUGGAGCAUUAUGAACACAGAAGUCGACAUGCCAUUGGAAGAUUUUCUUGCUAGCUUUGACGAUCUCAACUUCGUUUGGGAACGUUUUUUUGUCUUCUAAUUAAAGAGAGUGAGAGAGUGAGAAAUUAAUUAUUUAAGUUAGAAAGAAUAAUCGAUUAAUUUUGUA